GCUCUGCCACAAGGAUUGGCGACAACACCCAUAGCCAAGCACAUCAGUGAAAUAGAGACUAGGGCAUCUCCCACACAAACUAUUAGCCAACACACGGAAACUAUUUCCCACAAUAAUAGACUAGAGAGAGAUCCUGACCCAAAAAGCAAGUAUAGAUAUGCAGGUGAAUCUCUGCUAGGUUUAUUACCAGUAACGAAACAUGAACCAAUGACCACCACCACAUCCGCAUGGCAAUGCAUACCCAACAACGCCAAUUUGGACCUGCGAGUCCGAAUUAAGUAA